UCUCCAUGUGACUGUGAGAUCACCGCCAUCUUCUCUGCUCUCUCUCUCUCUUCUUUAAUGGUGGGAAGAGGCCUUGGGAUCUGCAAUGCCACUCUUGUCACCUCUUCGUUAGCUCUUAUUAGAGAGGGGAGAAAGAAGAGGAAGAAGAGGAGGUAAGAGAAGAAGGGGGAAAUCUUGUUAUUGCUUUGGAUAUGUGAAAACCCUAGUGUCUUCCUCUUUCUUUCUCCCUCACUCUGAGCUUCUUUCUUGUUCGCGGGAGCUAACGGCUUUCUUGGCCUAGCUCCCAUCUCUCUUUCUCCUUCUCUCUCUCUCUCUCUGUCUUUCGCGCUUGCUCGUUUGGAUUCAGAGAGAGUAAGAAUGUGGAACAGCAGAGCGCUAUUAGCGCUGUUCUUCUUGCUGUUUCUGGUGCUAUUGGCGGACGCUGCUGCGGGUCUUAAUCGGCGUCAGGUUCAUGACUCGGAAAGGAAGUUCAUUAUAGGGAAUGAGAGUUUGGCACCUCUAGCUUCUACAGUUCUGCUGUUUGACCCAACAACAGCGCAAACAAAUGAGGGGAAGCCAGAAACGAAUGGCUCUUUUGUACUGGCAGAUCAUAGAACUAAUCGACCUGAUGUACUUAAUGGACUUAGACGGUAUCGAGGAGGAUGGGAUUUUACCAACAAGCACUAUUGGGCUUCUGUUAUAUUUACAGGUUUUGGAGCGUUUGCUGUUGGAUUAAUAUGGUUCAUUUUGUUUGGCUUCACUUUGGUGAUGAUUUAUGGCUGUAAGUGGAAGGUAGAUUUUGGGAGGAAAAAUUGUUGCAGAGCUGGAUGGAUUUGUUUGUCAUUGCUUUUUGUCUUCACCUGUGUUGCAACAAUUGGGUGCAUCCUUCUCUCUGUUGGACAAGAUGGGUUCCAUAAAGGGGUGUCACGUACCUUACAAUUUGUUGUGAAUCAAUCAGACUUCACUGUUCAGAACUUGAGAAAUGUCUCAGAAUAUCUGUCCCUUGCAAAGACUGUAAAUGUGGAGGAAGUUUCCCUUCCGUCUGAUAACCUGAGUGAAAUUGAUAAAUUGAAUAAUGAAUUGAGUAGCUCUGCAGAUAUGCUUGAUGAGAAAACUGCUGAAAAUUCUAUCAAAGUACAGAAAGCUCGCAAUGCUGUGAGAUGUACACUGGUCGUGAUGGCAAUAAUUAUGCUGCUACUGUCUGUGCUUGGUUUAAUUCUUUCCAUCCUCAGAUACCGGCAUGCUAUGUUCAUAUUCGUGUUGAUUGGCUGGCUGCUUGUAGCACUUGCUUUCAUUUUUUGUGGAGCUUUUGUUAUUGUUGACAAUGCUAUCACGGACACCUGUGUUUCAAUGAAAGAAUGGGUCGACAAUGCCCAAGCUGAGAGUGCUCUUAGCAACAUUCUUCCAUGCGUCGAUGAAAGGACCACGAAUCGAACACUUUACCAGAGCAAGGAAGUCAUUAACGGAAUUGUAAAUGUUGUAAAUACAGCUAUCAACACGAGUGCAAAUUCAAACCCGUCCCCACACCAUGCUCACUAUAUCAACCAGUCUGGCCCGCCAAUGCCCUCUUUGUGUUCACCCUUUGACUCACAGCUGCGUGACCGCCAAUGUCUUCCGGAAGAAGUUUCAUUCUUCAAUGCCUCACAGGUUUGGCAGAACUACAUAUGCCUGGUUUCUUCUCAGGAUGUCUGUAUCAGCCCAGGGAGGGUGACUCCGGACGCAUAUCAGCAGCUGGUGACUGCUGUAAACGUGAGCUACGCAUUAUAUCACUACACUCCAUUCCUCCUCAACCUACAGAACUGUAAUUUUGUUAGAGAUACUUUCAACACCAUAACAACAUCGUACUGCCCUCGUCUCGAGCGGCGCCUGAAGCUGGUGAUCGCCGGGCUGGUGCUAAUCUCUGUCGGCGUUCUACUGUGUCUGGUUCUCUGGAUUCUAUAUGCGAACCGCCCCCGAAGGGAGGAAGAGUUCGUUCACACACCAGUGGUUAAGGUAACGACCAACCACACAAAUGAUAAAAUGGAGCCAUAGGUUUACCUGCUUAGUUUUCUUGAGAUUUCAUGUAUAUCCAUGUGGGGCGAAGUCCCAUUUGGCAAUACGUAGCUUUUCCUGCUGUUUUACUCUGUAAAUUUCAGAAUGUCACCGGGCGUUUUUAAUUAAGUUGUAGGGAUGGCAUGUUCUGAUGGUAAAGGCCACACCAUGCCCAUCGUUUGAUAUAGUAGGCUCCCGAAGCGUGUGUAGAUGUACUAUGCCACGUUUCCAUGAUCAGGUCGGAUGGCCCCAUGCACAUGAUGCAUGAUGAGUGAUAAUUGUACUGUGGAGGUCCAUAAAUGCGGACCUGCCAUGCACGUGGUUCUGGGUUUCAUGAUGUAUAUUUUAUACUAAAACAAUGUAAUAGAGAAGGGCUCUACUUGUGAAAAGAAUAUCGAGAUAUGUCUCUGCCUAA